AUGCCUCCUGCAUCAGCGACCCCAAGCAUCCUAGCCACUUGCAAACAGACUCGGUUCCAUCUGCGCGACGAAAGAGGCUCAGGGGAGAUUGAUGUCCAGGGUCUUGAUCUACUCAUUUCGUCAUCUACCACUACCCAGGAUGGUUUAGGAAACCAGGCAGGCGCCCUGGCAAAAGCUCGAAAGCAGAAAGCUAGAAGCGCGGGCAAGGAGAUUCUCAUGAAUGCAAAUCUACGGUUAAAAGCCGGAGUGCAUUAUGGCCUGGUUGGGAGGAAUGGGACGGGGAAGUCGACGAUUCUCCGUGCAAUGGCGGAGAAGCUGAUCCCAGGCAUUCCAAAUGUAGUGAAAAUAGCUAUCAUCCAACAAACAGACGCCGAAGAAUGCAACCUAGAAGCCUCUUCAUUAUCUAGUAGCCAUGGCGAGAAGUUCUCCCAUGAAAAGACUCCCAAAACAGUGCUUCAGCAAGUUCUGGAGAGCGACGAAUCAAGGAAUGAUAUAGUAAGAAAGAUAAAUACUCUAUCUCGUGCGUUUGAUGGGACGGAAGACAAAUUCGGACCAGUGCGCACGCUGAGACAAAUCCAGCACGAGCUGUUGGAAGAAGACCUCUUCCUUGCGCAAAAGAACGCGGCAUUGAAGAGCGGUGCCCGAGGCCUGCAGGCAAGAAAGGAGCUGAAAGUCGCAGAGAGCAAGGUAUCUGAUUCUGCGAGCAAACUUGAAGAGCCGUUGGAAGAAGUAGAUGCGUCCAAUAUCCAACAGGAGACUCAAGCUGCCGUGGGGAUGCUUGAUGAUUUGCAGGCUCAGCUCGAAGCGAUGAACAUUGUGGACAGAGAUAAAGAAGCUCGAAAGAUAUUGCUCGGACUUGGGUUCAAGGAGACAUCAUUCGACCAGCCAUUCAACUCGCUAUCCGGCGGGUGGCGCAUGCGUUGCAUGCUGGCUGGAGUAUUGAUCCAGAGUGCAGAUAUACUGAUCCUCGACGAGCCCACAAACUUCCUCGAUUUACUGGGAGUCAUUUGGCUCGAGACAUACCUCAAGCGCAUGCGCGAAGACAGCGAGAAAACAGUCGUCGUGGUCUCGCACGACAGAGACUUCCUGAACGCGGUGUGCGAGGAGAUCGUCAUCCUGAAAGACCAUUCGCUCACCUAUUUCAAAGGCAACAUCAGCGCGUACGAGAAGGACCUCGACGCGCAAAAGCUGUAUUGGGGCAGAAUGAAAGAAGCCCAGGACCGGCAGAUCGAGCACAUAAAGAGCACGAUCAGGGAGAACAUCAAGCUGGGCAAGAAGACCGGCGACGACAACAAGCUGCGCAUGGCAAAGUCCCGGCAGAAGAAAAUGGAAGAACGGACGGGCGUGGAGGUCAGCGUGACGGGCGGCCGAUUCAAACUCAGCCGGGACCGCGUCGGGUGGCACGACUCGCUGCGCGCGGAGAUCGAGGUGCCGGCCGACGAAAAGGGAGCCACGCUCGAGAUCCCCAAGGCGCCGGACCUGCGAUUCCCAGGCGCGCUGCUGUCCUUGGAGCGAGCGACCUUCCAGUACAAAGGCGGCAGAGCUCCGGUUCUAAACGGGAUCGACCUGGUGAUGCACAUGGGCGACCGGGUCGGUAUCAUGGGCCUUAACGGAAGCGGCAAAACGACACUGUUGAACAUUCUGACGCGAGUGGCAGAGCCAACGCAGGGUAAAGUAUCACACCAUUCCAGGCUACGGCUGGGGUACUACUCCCAGCACGCGGUCGACGACCUCCAGAGCUUGGGCAGGUCGAAGCCUGAACUGACCGCUCUGUCGCUGGUGAUGCAGGAAGCUGAAGAGCUCGACGAAGGUGACACUCGAGCGCUCCUGAGCUCGCUGGGGUUGGCAGGGCGGGUGGUAUCCGACGUGCAGGUUGCACAGCUGUCGGGCGGUCAGCUGGUAAGUGCACCGUCUCUAUACAGCUAUGUACACCGCCGAACGCAAAAGAAAAUACUAAGCCGAACGAACCAGGUCCGCUUAGCCCUCGCUCGGAUCCUCUGGAAGCAGCCGCAGCUCCUCAUUCUCGACGAGAUCACCACGCACCUCGACUUCCACACCGUUCUUGCGCUCGCGCAGGCCCUGUCGGCCUUCAACGGCGCGGUGCUGAUAGUCUCGCACGACCGUUUUCUGGUUCGAACGGUCGUCGAGGGGAAGGACGAUACCCACUUUUCAGAGGAACUGGCCACCUCGAGUGAGGCACUGGAUCAAGAUUCACCAAGGGGGCGCCAGGUGUUUGUAUUGAAAGCAGGAAAAUUGAACCUUCAAGAAAACGGCGUGGAGCAGUUCGAGAAGGGCCUUGAGAAAAGGGUGAAUAGGAUUGUGAAUGGUUAA